CUAUAUAACGAGGGUAUUGACACUGUCACUCGUCACAUCGAUCCAGGCUCUCCCAAAUCGUGUGGCAGAGCGUCAUCAAGAGUACUCGAGGUUACUCGCCCGACCACCGAUCAUGGACGUUGAAACCCCAGCUCUGACACAGCCCCUCGAGCAGCAGCAGCUCGCUAGCGCCGCCGCCGCCGGUGUCGCGGCUAAACCGCUCCACCGUAACCCCCGCCUGGUCCUCAGCUUCGUCCUCAUGGUCGUCGGCUGGGCGAGCGGGCCACUCCUCCUCCGCACCUACUUCCUCCACGGCGGGAACCGCAAGUGGCUCUCUAGCCUGCUCCAGACCGCCGGAUGGCCGCUCCUGCUCGCGCCGCUCACCGUCUCGUUCCUCUCUCGCCGCCGGUGCUCCACCAACAAAACGCCGGUCUUCUUUAUCUCGCCCCUGCUCCUGGCCGCGAGCGUCGUGGUCGGCAUCAUGACCGGGCUCGACAACCUCCUCUACGCCUUCGGCCUGGACUACCUACCCGUGUCCACCUCCUCCGUCCUCAUGUCCACGCAGCUCGCCUUCACGGCCGGCUUCGCUCUCGUGCUCGUGCGCCAGCGGUUCACGGCCUUCUCCGUCAAUGCCGUGGUGCUACUCAGCGUCGGCGCUGCCAUGCUGGGGAUGAACGGCGGAGGGGACCGCCCGGCGGGGGUGACGAGAGUGCAGUACUACGCAGGGUUCGGCUUGACGCUCGGCGCUGCCGCGCUGUACGGGCUCAUGCUGCCCGUCAUAGAGCUCAGCCAGGCGCGGCACGUCGCGCGCUCCCGCUGCGCCGUCACUUACACGCUGGUCAUGGAGAUGCAGGUCGUCAUCGGGUUCUCGGCCACGGUCUUCAGCAUCAUCGGCAUGAUCGUCAACAAUGACUUCCACGCAAUCCCACGUGAAGCCCAGGAGUUCGGGCUCGGCAAGGCAGGCUACUACGUGCUGCUGGUCGGUGCCGCCAUCAUGUACCAGUUGUUUUGCCUUGGCAUCAUGGGUGCAGUAUUCUACGGUUCGGCGCUGCUCGGCGGCGUCAUCAUGACUGUCCUCAUCCCAGUCACCGAGGUGCUCGCCGUCUUAUUCUUCCACGAGCCGUUCAACGGUAUCAAAGGCAUAGCAGUGGCCCUCUCCGUUUGGGGCUUCGUCUCCUACUUCUAUGGUGAGAUCCAGAUCCAUGCGCAGUCGUCCAACAAGCCCUCAAAUGCAGAGAAAUUAGAUCUUUAAAUGAUCUUUUGUGAUCAUAUUGUGGUGUUGGUCCUCGAUUUGUCGGGUCAGUCCAUUGUAACGAUGAAACUUUAGUUGUAUUGCUAUGAAGCUAUGUUGGCUGAAAAUAAAAUAAACUAUUACAUGAGUGAGGUAUAUAUUUAGUUGUGUGCAA